AUGAAACAUGGUGGAGGGGCCUCUUGUGUUGAUGUUGUAAACAGUGAAGAAAUACCGAAUGCUGAUAUUGAUACAUUUGAAGCGGAAAAGGAGAGAAAAAAGAACUGUAUUGCUUUACUAACAUACGUUGAACGUACCGAUAGCUUGUUAAAUUUGCACAGUGCUGAACGCUACUGGAUUCGUUUUAUACAGCAAAGUGAAUUUGAGAAGGAUCUUCUUAAAUUGACCCGAAAGGAAUCACUUAGUUCUGAUUCCAAACUAUAUGGUAUAAGCCCUAUCCUGACGGCAGGAGGACGCAUAUGUUUUGGUGAUAGAUUACAACAUUCUGAUUUUCAGUUUCAAGAAAAGCAUCCUUGGAUUAUACCUAAAAAAUCUAGAUUCACUGAAUUGCUAAUUAAAAGAGAACAUGAGAACUUGCUUCAUGCUGGUGUUUCAGAUACACUCACUCAAACUCUAGAAAAUUAUUGGAUCAUCCGAGGCAGACAAGCUGUAAAAUCGUGCUUGAAUAACUGUAUCGUUUGCAGGAAAUUUAAGGCAGAAAAGGGCACUCAAGUGAUUGCUUCAUUACCAGCGGAUAGAAUUCAUGAAGCGAAUCCCUUUGAAAUCACAGCUGUUGAUUUUGCUGGACCUUUGUUUAUUAAAAAUGGAUACAAGGUUUACAUUUGUUUGUUUACUUGUGCAGUCACACGUGCAGUUCAUCUUGAAAUUGUUUCUAGCCUAAGCACCGAACAUUUCAUUCUAGCAUUUCGUCGCUUUGUGACAAGAAGAGGUGUUUGCCGAACUAUAUACUCUGACAAUGACAAAACUUUAAAAGGUGCAGAUGUAGAACUGAAGAAAUUAUAUGUAACUAUCGUUGAUCCACCUGUACAAAAUUAUUUUUUUAUAAAAAGAAUGAGAUUGCAUUUUGUUGUUGAAAGAGCAGCUUGGUGGGGUGGAUAUUGGGAGAGAAUGGUGAAGAUGACAAAAGGUAUUUUGAGAAAAUUACUAGGAAAGGCUUCAGUUUCCUUUGAAGAAUUACAAACCAUUUUGACUGAAAUAGAAUCUGUUCUAAAUUCUAGACCACUUAAUUACGUUUACAAUGAUCCAUCAGAGCCAUUCCCUCUCACUCCUACUCAUUUCCUAACUGGAAAACGGUUAACAUCCUUACCGCACCAGGCUGGUCAUGUUAAAGAACAUAUUGCAAUUUUGAUAGGGGAUGACAAACUACCUCGGCAGCUGUGGAAGCUGGGAAAGGUGAUGGAGUUGCAUAGAGGCCGUGAUAACAAG